UUUCGACGGUGGCGACCUCCUUUUCAUUUCCGCCACCGACGGACACGUACUUGUGAAACACGCGAAUUAACUUAAAGUUGUUUUAAGCGUGUACAUUUUGUCCAAAUCCUCGGAAAAUAACAUCAAAAUGGCUGGUACUCUGUAUACAUACCCGGAAAAUUUUCGUGCUUACAAAGUACUGAUUGGGGCUCAAUAUUCUGGUGUUGCUGUGAAAGUUGCUGCUGAUUUCGUGUUUGGGGAAACCAACUGCAGUGAGCAAUUUCUGCAGAAGUUCCCGAGCGGAAAGGUGCCAGCAUACGAAACGAAGGACGGGAAAUACUUAACGGAAAGCAAUGCUAUUGCUUACUAUGUUGCAAACGAACAACUUAGAGGAACGAACGAUUUUCAUCGUGCAGAGAUCCAAUCUUUCUUAAGUUUCGCCGAUAAUGAGUUACUUCCUGCUGUGCAAGGAUGGACGUUCCCGAUCAUUGGAAUUGUGCCGUACAAUAAGAACAACGUUGAGCGAGCCAAGGAAGAACUGCGCCGUGGAUUGACCGUUCUUAACAAUCGAUUGCUGAAGCAAACGUUUUUAGUUGGCGAGCGUGUUACACUUGCUGAUAUUGUGGUAUUUACCACCCUGCUACACGCUUACGAGUAUGUGCUCGAUCCUUCCUUCCGUACACCGUUUGGAGCCGUUACCCGGUGGUUCACAACAGUAAUGAAUCAGCCGCAGGUGCAAGCCGUUGUCAAAACGCCAACACUCUGCGCCAAAGUUGCGCAGGCAGACCCAAAGAAGUAUGCCGAGUUUCAAGCGAAAGUAAGUGGAAGCAGCGCUACAGUGGAAAAGAAGAAGGAGAAAAAAGAGAAGAAACCGGCACCAGAAAAAGCGGAAUCUGCUACCGUUGAAGAACCGGAUGCGGCCGACGAAUUGAUUGCAGCGGAACCUAAACAGAAUGAUCCGUUCGAAACGCUGCCGAAAGGCACUUUUAAUUUCGAUGAUUUUAAGCGUUUUUACUCGAACGAGGAGGAGGCAAAAUCAAUUCCUUACUUCUGGACCAAAUUUGAUCCAGCCAACUAUUCGAUUUGGUACGGUGAAUACAAAUAUCCGGAAGAGCUAACGAAGGUAUUCAUGAGCUGCAAUCUGAUCACGGGAAUGUUUCAGCGUUUAGAUAAAAUGCGCAAGCAAAGCUUUGCGUCAGUUUGUCUGUUUGGCGAAGACAACAACAGUACAAUUUCGGGCGUGUGGGUAUGGCGCGGCCAAGAUUUGGCUUUCAAGCUUUCACCCGAUUGGCAAGUCGACUAUGAAGUUUACGACUGGAAAAAGCUGGACGCUUCGUCCGAAGAAACAAAGAAACUGGUGGAACAAUACUUCUCCUGGAGCGGCACCGACAAGAAUGGCCGCAAAUUUAAUCAGGGAAAAAUAUUCAAAUAAUGUAUCGUCCUAAUGCGUCAUUUGCAGACUUUUGUUCUGUUUCAGCCGUCGGAUUUAUUCAUUUACCAGCAAUCAAUGUGGAAAAUAAUUCAGCAACUAUCAAUCUGUUAAGUUCUGUAGGAAGAGUAAUGACUGUCGUGGUUUGUUUUUUUAUGAUUCGUCCCGGUUUUCGUCACUGUUAAGUAUUCUCUCCUACCUAGCUUCAGUAGUUACGCUGCCAUCAAUCAAUAAAGCAUUCAGAAAGUGUUUCUUCCCAACAACGAGCUGAAAACAAAUCUGGCCUGCGUUUGUAACUGCGAAAUAAGAUCGAACAUUUGUUAAUUUAAAAAAAAAAAACAUUUCCCAUGCCUAACGAAUUACACCACUCACAUGUUUUAACAUAUGGCUUCGUUUUCAAUCUUAUUGAAUCAAAAUAAAGUGAUCACGAUACAGAUGGAACAAUAAA